AAUUUGAAUUGUUGUGAAGCAAAGGUAUAUUAUCCAGUCCUGUGUUUCGUUUCGAAGUGGAUGUUGGUACGCUUAUUUGUUGGAGCUUAUUUAUUUUGAUUGUGUAUGUUAUGUGGAGGUGACAGUUCAAAAUGAGUGUAAUAGCUCUCCUGUUUGUUGGUGUCAGCGUUGUCUUUGCACAAGAGCAAUGCAGAACUCCAAACGGAGACGCCGGAAACUGUAUCCUCCUGGAGAAGUGUGAGCCACUCCUGGCUAUCAACAGAAUCGAAGUUAAGACACCUGAAGACAUACUGUACUUGAGACAGUCCAACUGCGGGUUGUUCAUGAAGAUCAAGCCUAAGGUAUGCUGUCCACCCAAAACGCAAUGGUCGUCGUUCACCACGGCCAAGCCUUUCGUCCAUCCAUCCUUGACCUCCGCUUUACCCUCAACUCCUACCACCACCGAGGCACCAGUGGCUCAGAAGACCCCUGAUGUAGAUGAUGAUGGUGAAGAUGGUGACUACACGUGCAAGCCUGGAGUGAAGCCUCCGAAAGCUGAGAGCUUCUGUUGUGGUGUGGAGUCUUCGUCUGGCUCUGAUCGGAUUAUCGGUGGCAAUAUAGCCGGCGUGGACCAGUAUCCCUGGCUGGCUCUACUGGAGUACAACAACACGGCCAAGAAGACAGCCUGCGGAGGCAGCCUCAUCAGCUCUCGAUAUGUGCUGACAGCCGCCCAUUGUCUGGGGCAAACUGCGUGGGGAUAUGCGGUAAAAGUCCACCUCUCCGAGUUCAACACCUCCUCGUACCCGACCGACAUUGUCGAGACGGACGGCGGCGGCUUCGAGUACGUGAAGAACAUCGUGAUCCGCAUCGAGAGGCACCUCCCGCACCCCGGGUACGUCAGCAGGGUGGAGCCCGUGCUGCAUGACAUAGGCCUGGUGAGGCUGGCCAGGGACGCACCCUAUACUGAAUUCAUCCGCCCGAUCUGCCUGCCCACAUCAGACAUCACGGCCAUCCCGCACUCGUACCUCGACUUCUGGGCAGCCGGCUGGGGCAGCGACGGUCUUCGCUUCAGCGAGCUCAAGAAGCACAUCAAACUGCCUUAUGUAGCCUCUCAGAAGUGCAAGAACGCCUUCUACAGCCAUCGGAAACCUGACCUCAUCCAGGACACGCAUCUCUGCGCUGGUGGGGAGAAGGACCGAGAUACGUGCGGUGGAGACUCGGGGGGACCGCUAAUGUAUUCGUCUGGUGAUACGUGGAUUGUGGUUGGUGUCGUCAGCUUCGGGAGUCUGGUCUGUGGCACGGAAGGGAAGCCUGGAGUGUACACGCACGUUUACAAGUAUAUGGAUUGGAUUGUUCAGAAUAUGGUGUGAUUUUUUGUGAUGUGUGGCUGCUGAAUACUCUUGAUCUAUAUAUCGGAUUGAAGCUUUACCAAAUCAUUGGAGGCAUUUAUGUUAAGAAUUUUGUGUAGUUUUAAGUCGAACUGUAUUUAAACCAUAAACUUUUAAGGAUACCGAAA